AUGUCUUACCGUCAAGAUCCUAGAGAUCAAUAUUACAAUAAUAAUGGAUUCGGUAAUCAAUAUCAAGGAUAUACUGAUGGUUAUCAACAAGGACAAUUACCUUCUAAUCCACGAAUGCAAAAUGAUGGUUAUAGACCUCCACUUCGUAACCCUUAUUCAUCACCAAAUCCAAAUAUAAAAGGUCCAUCACAAGGUCGAACACCAGAUGAUGAUGACAGUGAAUCUGUAGUCUCUUCCAUCUAUUCUCAACCUAGUGUUGCUGGAUUUACUCCUUCAAAUAAUAUGCGAUAUCAUCAAGAACAACCUUUAGAAACGACGGAACCACGUCGUCAAUCAUUAUUAUAUAAUGAAUAUGAAUAUCCAUACCCACCUUCUCCUUUUGCUGCUUCUACAAAUACACAUAAUAGUGCGACAGGACUUACAACAGGAUCAUCUCAACAAGGUGUACCAUUAAUUGAUCAGAACGAAAAUAAUUAUAUGUCAGAUAACAUGGGAGAUAAUUAUUAUCAAGACUAUUCACAAAAUAAUUAUCAAGAUACACAACAAGAAUAUGACGCACAAAAUAAUUAUCAAGAUUAUUCACAAAAUACACAACCACAAUAUGACGCACAUAAUAAUUAUCCUCAAGAUUAUUCACAAAAUACACAACCACAAUAUGAUACACAUAAUAAUUAUCCUCAAGAUUAUUCACAAAAUACACAACCACAAUAUGAUGUUUAUAAUGAUUUCAAUAAUAAUUUUCAGAACGAUGAAAAAUAUAAUGAUACGGAUUCCCGCAAUAAUACUCUUACAGGACCCGACGGAUCACAUGAUCCAAAUCCAUAUGCUCUGAAUGUUGAUUCGGGUAAUGGAAAGGGAACUCGACAAUCAACGUCCGGAGAUCAUUAUGUAGUAACCCCUAAAAAGGAACGAAGAUGUGCUUUCUGUUCAAGAAAAACGUGUGUUAUAAUAACUUUUACUAUUUUAGUGUUAUUGGCAGCUGGCAUGUAUUUUGUGUGGCCACGAAUUCCUGUUGUUACAUUUUUAUCACCAUCUUCAGCAGGAGUUGCAGAAAUUACUACAGCUCCUACAGUUGUAAAAUUGCCGAUGGAAUUUCAAUUUCAAUUGGAUAAUAGAGAGAAUUGGUUACCUUAUAAAUUUAAUUCAUUUCAAAUUGAUGUCCUUGAUAUAGUAAAUCAAAAAAAAAUUUCUUCUGGUGCCAAAAAAGGGUUUUCAAUACCAGGAAGAGCAACAUCAAUAGUAUCAAUUCCGAUUCCGAUUAAUUAUGAAUCUUCAGGGCAGAACGAUCCAAUACUUCAAAAUCUUAUUGAAUCAUGUACUCAACCACAGGAACACAGUUUAAAACUUAGAGUUGAGAUAAAAAUGUUAAUUAUGGGAUUAGAUUGGGUUAAAAAACCAACAACAUCGAUACCAGUUAUAGAUUUUCCAUGUCCAUUUAAUAUAACACGCCCGGAUCUAACUCCACCAGCACCAACAGAUGAAACUAAUCCAGCAACACCAGCACCAGGUGAAACACCACCAGCAAAUGGAACACCAGCACCGGGCGGAACACCAGCAGCAGGUGGAGCACCAGCACCGGGCGGAGCGCCAGCACCAGCAGAUGGAGCACCAGCACCACCGGGAGGAGCACCAGCACCAGCAAAUGGAGCACCAGCACCGGGAGGAGCGCCAGCAACAGCAAAUGGAGCACCAGCACCGGGAGGAGCACCAGCAGGUGGAGCACCAGCACCGGGUGGAGCGCCAGCACCAGCAAUUGGAGCACCAGCAGGUGCACCACCACCGGCAGAUGGUGGACCAACUGGACCAUGA